CAUUUAUUGGCAGUACGGAGAUUUUUGAUUUUCGAAGCAUUCCCAAAUUUUUUUAGAAACGCUCUUGAAAUCUUGAAAACAUCGUCAAAAAUUUUAAGUUGUUUUUGGGAAGCGACGCUGGUAAAUAGGAUUUGCUAUAUUAUUGGCUAAAAUUUGGUGCUAAAUAGGUAAAAAAAAUAAAACUACCUGCAUUAUAAUACUGAAAUAUUGCCGAGAAUAACUUUUCUAAUAUCGUUCGCAUGAAAAACUUGGAUGUGUUAGUUAUAAAAAGGAACAGAAACAAGAAACAAACGAAGUAACACAAGAGAACGUCGAAACGGUUUAUACAUUCUCUGCCGACAGAAGGUGAAUCUGCUGAUCAAAGCAAAAGCCAUAAAAGACGCGCUUGUGUAAAAUGUUUUUAUAAAUAUAGUGCAUAGAGUUUAGUCAAUAUAUUUAGCAGCAUAUAAAUAACAAACGUCCACGCCCAUUUGAAGUUGUAUAUCAGUAUGAAAAAGAGUGACCUAAAUCAGGGUAUAACCGAAGUGACUAUUGACACAGCAUCCAAGGAAAAUAAUGCUACAAAGUCCGAUAUGGUGCAUACUUUUGAAACCCAAUCAGGCCCAUCUCCAGAUUUCCCCCAAAUAGAUCGUAAUGUGUCCUCUACGUCUCUUACUAAGUUGACACAAGAGAACCAAACGUCAGAGAUGUCAUCAUUAAAUGAUGAAGAAAAAGCGUCUACAUCAUCUGCGGGGAAAAUGCUUGCUGUAGAUUUAGGCAUAGAGCCAAUAACGAAUGAGACUGUUCAUGAUGAGAAUGGAGAAAGAAGUUGCUGGAUUUGUUUUGCAACAGAUGAAGAUAACCGUCUGGCACCUUGGGUGCAGCCAUGCAAAUGUCGUGGCACAACAAAAUGGGUCCAUCAAAGCUGUUUAUAUCGAUGGGUAGACGAGAAACAAAAGGGUAACGGAAUGCGUGCAGUUAGUUGUCAACAGUGCCAAACCGAAUAUAUUAUUGUUUUUCCACAAAUGGGCAAAGUCGCCAAUUUAUUAGAAGCUUUCGAUAAUAUAAUUAAACGAUUAAGUCCCUUCCUCGCUGCCGGUAUUUUUGUCGGCUCAUUGUAUUGGACAGCAGUAACUUAUGGAGCCGUAACUUUUCUACAGAUUGUGGGGCAUAAAAAGGGAUUAGCUUUAAUGGAAAAUGGGGAUCCACUAAUAUUAUUGCUUGGAUUGCCCGCUAUUCCAGUUGGUUUAAUACUUGGACGAAUGAUUCGUUGGGAGGACGCAGUGAUUCGAUUGAUUCGCAAUCGUCGAAGUGUUGCACGGAAAUUCCCACUGAUGAACUUCAUUAUUCCUUAUCCUGAAGAUGAAGAGGAACAAUUGGCGCAAAAUCCAGCUACUCCUACGUUGGCAGAUCCAGUCUCUGCAACUCGAAUAUUUUGUGGAGCCCUAAUUUUACCAACUAUAUCUACUAUAGUCGGACGUUUGCUGUUCGAAUCAAUUGAGGAUACCCUACAUCGUACGCUUCUAGGCGGGUUGACAUUUAUUGCAGUCAAAGGUAUACUAAAGAUCUAUCUAAAACAACAACAGUACACACGAAAGAAGAAACGUCGUAUUGUCGAUUACACUGAUGAGAAUGUGCGUAUUUUUGUGAAUCGCAGCACAUCUCGUCACCAUGGUGGCGCUAAUGCAUCUGGUGGUGUCGCAACUGCAGCUAGCGGUGCAGCAACUGGUGCUGGAGCGGCAUCGGGUGCUGCCCCAAGUACACAGUUCCAAAGAGAUCCAAACUUAGUACCACUACCUGCAACCGAUAGGAUCAGCAUGGUUUAGACUCUCACUAAACUAAAGGUGAUAUAUUACUUGUACAACAGUUAUCUCCACUGUAACAUGAACGUUGAAGUCGAAAUUAGUGUCAUUUCUACACUUUAUAAAUAACCGUGCUUGUUGCAAAAAAUCAGGGCCGCAGUUUAUUCUCCACUUUAUUUUUACUAACCAAAUUUUAGCGUCACCAAAUCGAUGUAUUAAAUAAGUUUUAAUUCUGCAUAUAUGAGGCGCCAAAAUUGAAUUAAAUUAAAUGAAAUAUUUGUACAUAACAUCAGAAAUCGCAAUUUAUAAAAAAUAACAUGAAAUUGCAAAUUGACUUUCAUAGUAAACCUAAAAACUUCGCUCAAUGCACAACUAUUAUAUAAAUAAACUGGAAUCCAUUCGGAUAUGUUGAGUGGAUUUCGUCAUAUGUGUACAUACAUACAUGAUGCAAACAAUUGUAUGGCCAUAUUAUUGUGUAUUUAUGUACGUGAAAAGCCAAUAGUUAAGAAAUAAAAACUUCCUCUACAAUACAAUUUAGAAAAUAAAAAUAAAAAUUAAAUUAAAUUUAACUUGAACAAAUUUCGGAAAAUUUGAAUAAUUUAUUGAUUAAUGUAUAUAUGAGUUUAGUGGGUAAUCGUAAUCGGAUGGUAGUUUGUUAAUUUUUUUUUCACGAAAAAUGUGCUGCUAUAGCAUCAAUUUCAUGUUAUUUAAUUUCGGUUAGAUACAUUUGUAUGUUAAAUAUUUAGUACAUAUAGAUUUUUAAAUAUACACUCAUAUAUUUUUUAACAAUGUUAUAAGAAAGACAAACAAAAAUUACAAAAAUGUCAAUAUUGAAUUAUGUACAUAAAUAAGUUGUUGCGGUUUGGACUUGAAUUUGUGAUUUAGGUUUUCAAUAUUCGUAAAUAUAUUCGUACAAACAUAAAAUGAACAAUGAAGUUUAUGAAAAGUUUUGCAUCUUUCUAAGUAUAAAAUCAUUAUGUAUGAAAAUUCCAGUUAUCCAUGGACAGACUUUAUGUACCUUAGAUGGAAAUAUUUACAGCUUAAAUGAUCUCGAUAAAUACGGAUAUCAUCAAGGAGGUAAUGACUUAGUUAACAGUGAGUAAAUAUUUUCAUACCCUUUUAUGUAAGACUAUAUAUAGUUAGUUGAACUUAUAUUUUGUUGACAAAGGAGUGAAACAGUGCAGGCCAUCAAAUGUGACUCCCAAAUUUAAAAACGUCAACGACUGAGAUGGUAACGUUAAAUAUGUACUCCUUCCUCCACUUAGUGAAUAUUGUCCCCGUAGAUUUAAUAGGGAAGAGUAUUAGGCUCAUUGCAAUUAAGAAGCGAGAAAGGUCUCCGCCCUGCGGAACGCUCUGUUUAAUUAUACUCUCGCAACAAAGUUGCUAAGUUGUAAGUCAUGAAACUAAACGCCUCAUAUCAAGGUUAUAUAUAUAUAUAUAUAUAUAGUGGAACUUCUCUAACUCGAAUCAGCAUAAUCCACAAAAAAAACUUCAAAUUAGAGAGACUUAUUUACUUUGCAAAAAGUUUUAUAUAAAUAUUUACGUUAAAAUUUGUAUUCGGUAAUUUUGUUUAUUUCAGUUUGCUAUUGUUUGGCUCUUGACGUCUGUAUUCCAUGCCUUUGUUACAAGAUUUAUGAAAUCUAUAAGUGUAAUAUCAUAUUUUUUGUUCGCCUCCAUACGAAUAUAGGGACUCCUUUAAAGUUGUUCCUUGAUAGUAAAAUUUUAAAUUUUUUCUUAUGCCCUGGUCAAAAAGUUCGAUUUAUGGAAGGAAAUUUGUAUGAAAUUUGACUUCAGUUGCCACUUCAAGAGUUCGAGUUAUGGAGAACUUCGAGUUAUAGAAGUUUGAGUUAUGGAAAUCGAUUUGUAUGAAAUUUGAUUUCUAAACGCUAUUGCCAAUUCAAAAGUUCGAGUUAUGGAGAUCUUCGACUUAUGGAAGUUCCACUGUAUAUUAUAGAUAUAUAUACAUAAAUGAUCACGAUGACGAGACGAGUUAAAAUCAGAAUGUCUGUCUGUCCGUGCAACUUGAGUAUUAAUCGAACUAUUGCCACGCCCACAAAAUGGUGAAAACCGAAAUCCUAUGUUUUUUUGUAAUUUUGUAAUUUUUUUUUUACAGUGGGCGUACUCUCGCGUUUAAUAAAGCUAUACGAAACCAAACUUUCUGCAGUCACUUCCCUUAUGUACGUACUCCACUACACACAAUAAAAACAUUAGGUCUACAACUUUGCUUCCGCCGUUUUUUUUUGUAAAUUUAAGUUUAUAUACGUAUCCCACUACACACAAUAAAAAUAUUAGGUCUACAACUUUGCUUCCGCCGUUUUUUUGUAAAUUUAAGUUUUUUUUUUUU